AUGUCUCGGUUGGCCGAGUUGGCGCUCAAGUCGAAAGUCAUAAAUGAAUUGGUUUUCAAAUGGAGUACGAUUACUUGGUAAGUCUUUUCUCUUUGUUUUGCCUUGGUUUUUAGGAUUUUUUUGGAUGAUCUUGGUUCAAGAUACCUACAUUUAUACAAAGUGUGUGUACACAAAUAAUCUGAGGCCUUAAAUCAAGAUGUAAAAUUGUUUUGGAUGUAAAAGACGGAUUUCUUUUAUGCUUAGCUAUAAUUUUAGGGAUUUAUGAGUAAUUCAAGGUUUCGUGGCGGGACUUAAAUUGGAUCCAAAUAAUAGUAUAGUAUUUUUUCUGACAUCUUAUGCAGUUGAAAAUUGUAUUUGGCGUAUUUUACCUUAUUGUUUCGGCUUUCUAAUAUUGUACCCAUUCAUUUUUUAGCCUUCCGUAUGUUGCUCUGGACACAGCGACUGGAAUACUUCUAAUGUAUGUGCUGGUCGCCUCCGGGAUCUUCGAACGCCUCUAUCCCUUUAUAACGACAAGUGUGGACAAUCUUGACUAUGUGUUUGAAUGGUUGUUGAACAAUCCAGCUGGUCUGAAACUCAAUACACAAGUCAAUGUUCUUCUGGCGUCAUUUUUCAGAUAUCAUGUGCAUCUAUGGAAAGGUAAGUGGUUUUAUUUGAUUUUUUUGUUGAUGUUUAGGUCUGAUGAUGGGAUUGGAAUUAAAGUUUGAGAAUUUGGGAGAACAUUUCAUGGAUUUCGUGGAAAAAUCACUUAUUUUUGAAAUUUUAGGUAUACUGGAUGUAAAAUAGGUUGAAAUUCAGUUCUUUUGAUGAUAAUUGCAAAGAUUAGAGGCUUUAGCUUCUAUUUCAGUUUAUUUGCAGCAAAUUAGGUUUUAGAAUCGACAAAUUUUUCCGAUAUUUUACUUGACUAUCUAGUCUAAUAUAAAUUUUUGAUAUUUUCCCAAUUUUUUAAACAUUUUUUUGCUUCCAGCUUACAUAUCCAUGCUGUGUUCAACGAGUUUCCUCCAUAUCCUCUAUAUCGGAGCGGCUAGUGGCGCCACUGUCCUCAUGGCUGCCCUCCACGACCUCAUUUCCCUGGCGACAAUUCAUCUGUUUUGCUUCCACAUCUACACUUCAAGAUUGGCCAAUGUGUUCUUCAGGUCAUUGGGCACGUUUUGGAGGGCGUUUCGAGGGAAAAAGUGGAAUCCAUUGAGGAAUCGAGUCGAUUCUCUUCAACUUGAUGACCGCCAGAUGUUCAUGCUGACGACUUUGUUCAUUGGUACGGUGUUUUUGCUGCCGACGGUGCUGAUUUACUAUGCUGUCUUCUUUUCGGUGAGUGCGAAUGGGAUUAGGGGGAUUUUGAAAACUUUUUGGAUGAUAUUUUGGGUCUUACCACGAAGACCCUGAAAGGCAGGGCGGUGUUGUCAAGAUGACCGGUAAUGGAAGUAAAGGGUGGAAUAUAAGUUAAUAAGAGGGUUUAUAGCUUUUUGAAGUGACCAGAAUUUUUCUGCAUCCAAAAAAUUUGAAUUAUAGCGAAGAUUUCCUUUAUUUUACAAGGAAAGUACUGCUAGGGGGUAUGGAGUUACAGGUCGAGACAUACAUCAAUAAAAUCGCAAAAUUUUUCUGAUUCAGAAUAUGCAAAAAUUAGCUGCCCAAUUUUGGUUUGUAAGGGCGAAAAAACCCACAGAACUUUUCUCGCAAAUGCCUUUUUGACCGAGUUUUUAACAAUUCCAAAAAAAAUUUUUUUUUUGAGCUGGAGUAAACCCUGGUAUCUUGACAAGCCUAAAAAUAUCAUGCCCUUUUUUAUAUUGGAACUACUAAUUAAGGUGUAGUAUUAUUCAAAUUUGAUAUUGUAAGGCUUGUCAAGAUUCCAGGGUUUACUUUAGCUCAAAACAAAACUUUUGAAUAGGUAAAAACUUCGUCAAAAAGGCAUUUGCAUGGUGUUGCGAGAAAAGUUCUGAGGGUUUUUUGCCCUUACAAACCAAAAUGGGGCGGCUAAUUUUUACAUAUUCUGAAUCAGAGAAAAAGAAGGUUUUUUUGAUGUAUGUCUCGACCUGUAACUCCAUACCCCAUAGAAGUACUUUGCUUGUAAAAUAAGGGAAAUCUUCGCUAAAAUUCAAAUUUUUUGAAUGCGAAAAAAUUCUGGUCACUUAAAAAAGCUAUAAACCCUCUUAUUAACUUAUAUUGCACCCUUUACUUCCAUUACCUGUCAUUUUUAAAACAUCGCCCUGCCUUUCAGGGUUUUCGUGGUAAGACCCAAAAUAUUACCCAAAAAUUUUUUUUAAAAGCUUUUUUAGCUCUGGUCUCUCCCAUUUUCCACCCAAUACACCCUCGACUUCUUGAUCAGCCAGUUCCGAAAACUGGCCAACUUUUUCGACCAUCCCGAACUCCAACCACCCGACGAACCACCUCUUCCACCGGAAAAUUCACUGAAAACAAAGCCCAAAUGCCCGAUGAAGGUGAGCAAACCAGAAGAAGGGGAGAAUGCCCCGCUGGAACCAACCCGCGGACGCUCCAUCGACCGCACAGCAGCCCUCAGACCCCGACCAAUACGACCGCCGCAAGUCCGAAAUCAUCGAAGUGUUGCGGACCCCGAGACUACGAUAAAUUACUGUGAAACGAAAGAAAUCCGCUUCAAAAAUCGAGUGGGUCCAACCCCCAAAAUGCUCAAAGUCGCCUGA